AUGGCUUCUGGAACGCAGAGCAGUGGAAUGUUAUCCAGAGAACAACUUUUCCAUCUUUUUGAGCGAUUCGCUAUUCUUACUACCCAGCCAGAUGUGAAGAAAAGCAUUGUCGAUGCUGUUCUGGAUAAGCAGGAGGCUGUUGCUGUGACAACUGCUAUACAGGAGGAAAUAUUUCUGGAGAUGGAUAUUGACCCAAGAUUUGGUAUUUCAUGCCUGGGAAAAAUCAGUACUGAAUAUGAGAAUGACCGAGAUUUGAUGAUUGAGUUUUAUAAAUUCCUUGCCAAAGAAGAGAUGGCCUGCGAUGAAGCAGAGCUUGGAGAAGAAGAAUUUGCAGAAAAAAAGAGCUAUCAACAAAACUUACAGCAACAGCAACUUGAGAUGCUGCGGCACAUGCGCAAGUUUAACUUGGAUGAUCAAUCUGCAAUCCUUGAGAAGUUACACCAGCAGAUGCAAAAUGGCAAUUAUGAAAGUGAGACAUCCAUAUUGUCAGCUGAGCAGAUGGAAGAGAUGGUUCAAAGGAAGGUGACCCCUUUGUUUAUGCCAAGUUAG